AUUCUGAUGUCAGACGUUGGUUGCUGCAUACGUUUUGUUACGUGAAAAUUGUCGCAUGCGGUUUGCGAGUGCAUUUUCUAUCUAUCGGUCGUCAGGUUAUCGUAUAAAUAAAUUUUAAAAUAUUAUAAUAAAACGUUUUCGUGCACAAUGGUGGACAAUCAGUGUAACGCGGGACCUGUGAAAGCUUACAUUAUGAGUGAUUUGCUCAAGAGAUUCGAUUUUGAUACGACUAAUGAUGUUGUCAAAUUGUCAAUCGCUGUCAUCGGAUUUUAUAUAGGGAUGUUUUACUUGGAGUACGUGGAUACGGAGUACAGUCUAUGGCUGACAUGGUUCCUGAUGCCCGUCAUCGUCACCUUCCUGCUGCCCGCAGUCAUCAUCGUGCUCAUUUAUAUCAGCAGCAUCAUCUUCCAUUUGUACAGGCUCUACAGAUUGCGAGUUAUAGACGGCGUGGAGAGCGACUGGAGACAGGCGGCGCGGCUCGCGGUCUGCGCACUUUGGGAUGCGCACGGCUGGCUGUGGCAUGGCUACGAGAUCCGUGGACUGGAGAAUAUUCCAGAAGGUCCGUUCCUCCUCAUCUACUACCACGGCGCGCUGCCCAUUGACAUGUACUACUUCACCGCAAGACUGCUGCUCUUCAAGAGACGGCACAUGCACACAGUAGCUGAUAGAUUCAUGUUUAAGAUACCAGGCUGGAAGACUCUACUGGAAGGUCUAUGUGUGAUCCCCGGCACGGUGCAGACUUGUACCAGCGUGCUGAGAGCUGGCAACUCGCUGGCCAUCUCCCCGGGCGGAGUGUACGAGGCUCAGUUCGGAGACCACUAUUAUAGACUCAAUUGGAAGUCUAGGAUAGGAUUCGCUAAAGUCGCCCUAGAAGCUAAAGUUCCAAUAGUGCCGAUGUUCACACGCAACGUGCGCGAGGCAUUCCGCACAGUGGGGUGGCUGCGCGGUCUGUGUCUACGUAUCUACGCCAAGACGAGAAUUCCUCUCGCGCCAGUGUACGGCGGCUUCCCUGUCAAACUUGUCACACAUCUUGGCACACCAAUACCACACGAUGACAACAUCACACCUGAACAGCUCCAGAAGAAGGUUGCAAGUGCCAUAGAAAAAUUAGUUGAGGAACACCAGAGAGUUCCCGGGAACAUCUUCUUCGCUUUAGCCGAGAGGAUUUAUGAAAUGCCAAAGAAGAAAGACAAAACAAAAACCAUAGUCAAUGGAAAAUGUCAGAAAGACACGUCAGAUAGUGUGAGUGACAAGUGUGACAGUGACAAAAGUAAAACAUCUUAAUUUAUGGAUAAUCUUUGUAUUAAUUUAGUGUUAAGUUAUAUAUAUAUUUGUAUGUACAAUAUUGUGGCAUUUUAUAAGCUUCUGAGAAGCUUGGAUUUUUAGAAGUAUGAUAGAGAUCGUAAUACAGGAUGUUCCAAAAACAAAAGACCAUAAAUUAGUUUAAUAAAUUCAACAUGACCUAUCUAUAAUUAGCAAAAAUCUUUACUUUUAUUCUUGGCCUAAUUUGUAUAUCUUUGUCCAAAUG